AUGGAACGAAAAACUGACAUUACAACAGCAGAAAAUAUAUUUGAACCUAUGGCUCUGCUUGAAGACUCUUUACCAAAUGUUAUUCCUCAAACUUUGGUAAUACCAGAUAUAUCGAUGAUGGAAGAAGAGAUUCGAGAAAGAAUUGAAUUAGCGAGACAAGAGACUAAACAUCUCUCCAGUCAAAUUGAUAAAGUAAAGAACAAAUACCGAGACUCAGAUUUAUUUCAAAUGUCAAACCGAGUGUCUUCCAUAAACGCUAGUAAAUUGAAUUUAAGCCCAACAAUCUCGUUAAAAGGUCAUAAUAAUAAAAUAACAGAUUUAAGUUGGAAUUCAGAUUCUAAAAGUAUACUAAGUGCUAGUCAAGAUGGCUUCAUGAUUGUUUGGGAUGCAGAGACGGGUUUAAAGAGAAAUGCAAUUCCUCUAGAUUCUCAAUGGGUAUUGAGUUGUGCAUUAUCACCAUCCGGUAAAUUAGCAGCAAGUGCUGGUUUGAAUAAUAAUUGUACAAUUUAUCGUGUAUCCGAACAUGAACGGGUUAAUCAAAGUAUUGUCUCCAUUUUCAAAGGCCAUACUUGUUAUAUUUCAGAUGUCGAAUUUUAUGGUGAUUCAAAUGUAAUAACAGCUAGUGGUGAUAUGACAUGUGCCUUAUGGGAUAUUCCAAAGGCAAGAAGAGUACUUGAAUAUACAGAUCAUUUGGGUGAUAUUUUAGCAUUAGCUUUACCCCCAGAAAGGUCAAACAAGACUAAUAUGUUUGCAACAGGUGGGUCAGAUAGUUAUGUUCACAUAUGGGAUACAAGAGCACCUUCUUCAGUGCAGAAAUUCUAUAUCAGUAAUAGCGACGUAAAUACGGUCAAAUUUUAUAAUGAUGGUAAUGCAAUAGUAAGUGGCAGUGAUGACGGUAUCAUUAGGUUAUAUGAUCUGCGUGCAGAUUGUAAGAUUGCAGACUAUUCAUUAGCAAAAAGUUUAAGUGAUCUUCCUUACCCACAAAGUGCAUUUUCUUCAAAAUCUAAAAAUGUUACAACACCCAUAUCAUCUCAAGGGUCUACGGAAACAUUAAACUCAUUAUAUGACGCGCAAGGUAUAUUGGAUCUUGAUUUCAGCUAUUCGGGUAGGUUGAUGUAUGCUUGUUAUCCAGAUGUUGGCGUCAUCGCAUGGGAUAUCUUGAAGGCAGAAAUUAUAGGUAAAUUAGAAGGUCAUUCAAAUAGAAUUACAAAAAUAAGAACCAGUCCAGACGGUUUAGCCGUGUGCACGGGAUCCUGGGAUACUACUAUGAAAAUUUGGUCGCCUAAUUAUAUGUGA